GUUUUGGCCAAUCAAAAAGACUUGGAUUGUUGUCACUCAGCGAGAACAUGCUUUCAGGACAAAUUCCAGAAAGUCUUGGCAAGCUUCCACAAUUAAGAAGGCCUUAUCUUGAUCACAAUCAGCUAUCAGGGAAAAUACCUGCCAGUUUAGGGAGAUGCAAGACGUUGGAAAUGGUGGACUUGGCGCACAACAAGCUAACAGGAAAUAUACCUCCUGAAGUUGCAGGUCUUCAGAAUCUCCAGUUCUAUUUCAACGUUUCCGGAAAUUUAUUGCAAGGUUCUAUUUUGGAAAUGAGCAAAAUGAUUAUGGUUUUAGCCAUAGAUGUUUCUCAAAACAAUUUCUCUGGUAGCAUUCCCAGUGCAUUGGCAAGUUGCAAGGGGCUGGAAUAUCUAAAUCUUUCUGGAAAUGCAUUUGAGGGGCCAAUCCCUGCAUCACUAUCAGAUUUGCAAAAUCUGAAGUACAUGGAUCUUUCUUGCAAUAAUGUGUCGGGUACAAUACCGGUGGCUUUCAAAAAGAUGAAAAUGCUCCAACACCUCAAUCUCUCUUCAAACAGGUUAACUGGAGAGGUCCCAAAGGGAGGAGCUUUCGCAACACUUGAUGCCUCAGAAGUUAUGAAAAAUCUUGGCCUCUGUGGUAGAUGGAUAAACUUGCCGCCAUGCUCUCAUCCUAAUCACAAACAUCCAUCAGUCUCCAAAAGGGUAAUAAUUCCUGUUGUAGUCGGCAUUGCAAUUUUUAUCAUGUCUCUUCUACUGGUAGUAUUUUCCUAUAGAUCACGUAGACAUUCCAGUGUCCCUGCUCUUAACGUAUGGCCUCCAAAAAUUUCAUAUGAAGAACUUGUAAAUGCAACUGGUGGGUUCAAUGAUGAAAAUCUUUUAGGAAUGGGCAGUUUUGGAUCUGUUUAUAGAGGGAUUCUAAAGAAUGGUACAAAUAUUGCUGUUAAAGUUCUCAAGUUGCAAGAUGAAUAUGCUCACCAAAGUUUCAGCAGAGAAUGCAAUGUAUUAAAGAGAGUUCGGCAUCGGAAUGUAAUUAAAAUCAUUUCAGCAUGCUCCAGCCUUGAUUUUAAAGCCUUAAUUCUUCCAUUCAUGUCAAAUGGAAGUUUAGAGAAAUGGCUAUACCCUCCUGAAGGGGGUGGAUGCAGAUUAAAUUUGAGUGAUUGAAUAAGGAUAGCAAUGGAAAUAGCACAAGGAAUGGCAUACCUUCACCAUUAUUGUUUUGUUCAAGUGAUUCACUGUGACCUCAAGCCCAACAAUGUUCUAUUAGGAGAUGACAUGACUUCAUACAUAACAGAUUUUGGCAUUUCCAAUAUUAUUUUGGGAAAUUCUAUGGAUUCUUUGACUUCUACAGAUGCACUUAAAGGAUCUGUUGGCUACAUUG